AGUCAAUUAGCAGACUUCCUGUCCUCCUGCUCACCUCACUCCACCAGAUUAGAGCCAUUACACCACACCUAUCCGCUGUGCGCUGAGCCCUCCUCAAGGACGACGCACGUUUGCGCGCUCGCGGCCGUCUACCGGCACAAUAUCCGAUUUUAGGGGGCAGCCUCUGGUCUGUGAGGUGGCUCUCUGUCCGCGGGUGUUUGAUGGGCGGAUAUGAGCGCCACCAGCAGCACCCCGCUGAGCCCCAGCCCCAACCUACUGCAGGUGAACGAGCCAAAGCGCUAUGGCUCCACGCUGUCGCUGGAGGAGAAGUGUGAAAAGUCUUUCUUCCUCUUCUACUACUACAGGAUGGAGGACGAGGCCGUGCUGGACCGAGGGGCGUCCUUGGUCAAGAAGAUCUGCGACGAGGAGGAGGUGGAGGGUCACCACACAGUUUACAUCGGCGUCCGAGUGCCCAAGAGCUACCGACCUCGGAGGCGCCACCGGCGGAGAGGCGGCCACAAGGACAGAAAGGAGAAGUUGACGGAGAACGUGUCUGACAGGUCGGACGCGGAAAACAACGAUGAGGCCAGCAACAGCAUCCUGAAACCGCUCAUCUCACCGGCUGCCGAGAGGAUCCGCUUCAUCCUAGGAGAGGACGAUGAUGGCCCAUCACCCCCACAACUCUUCACUGAGCUGGAUGAGCUGCUGUCGGUGGAUGGCCAAGAGAUGGAGUGGAAAGAGACGGCCAGGUGGAUCAAGUUUGAGGAGAAGGUUGAAAAAGGGGGUGAACGCUGGAGUAAACCCCAUGUGGCAACGCUGUCCCUACACAGCCUGUUCGAACUGCGGACAUGCAUAGAGAAAGGCACCAUCAUGCUCGACCUUGAGGCCUCCACCCUGCCUCAAGUUGUGGAGAUGGUCACCGACAACCAGAUAGACAUCGGCCAGCUGAAGGCAGAGCUGAAGGACAAGGUGAUGUACACGUUGCUACGGAAACAUCGCCACCAGACCAAGAAGUCCAACCUGCGCUCUCUGGCCGACAUCGGAAAAACGGUCUCCAGUGCAAGUAGGCUGUUUUCCAACCCGGAAAACGCCCGCAGUCCUCUUGAGAACUCUGUGACUUGCCUGUCGGGUCACAUCUCAAUGGAGGACCUGCAGAACCAAAGGAGCACCAGCAUGGACUGGCUUAACAGUCCCACCACGACCCACCGGAACCUGGCGUCCAGCAGCCUGAACGACAUCUCCGAUAAACCGGAAAAGGACCAGCUGAGGAACAAGUUCAUGAAGAAGUUGCCGAGAGACGCGGAGGCCUCCAACGUGCUGGUGGGGGAGGUGGACUUCCUGGACGCCCCCUUCGUGGCGUUCGUUCGCCUGCAGCAGGCUGUGAUGCUCGGAGCGCUGACGGAGGUUCCCGUCCCCACAAGGUUUCUGUUCAUCUUACUGGGACCCAAAGGUCAAGCCAAGUCGUACCAUGAGAUUGGCCGAGCGAUCGCCACCCUGAUGUCAGACGAGGUCUUCCACGACAUCGCCUACAAGGCCAAGGACAGACAGGACCUGCUGGCUGGUAUUGAUGAGUUCCUGGACGAGGUGAUCGUACUUCCUCCUGGGGAGUGGGACCCCACCAUCAGGAUAGAACCUCCAAAAUCCCUCCCCUCCUCCGACAAAAGGAAAAACAUGUAUGCUGGAGGUGAUCCUCAGAUGAACGGAGGCAUGUCUCAUGAUGGAGGCCACGGAGGAGGCGGUCACGCCACGGGGGAGGAGCUGGAGAAGACUGGACGGUUCUGUGGAGGUCUGUUCCUUGACAUGAAGAGAAAAGCGCCUUUCUUCGUCAGUGACUUCACUGACGCGUUUCACAUCCAGGCCCUGUCUGCCAUUCUGUUUAUCUACCUGGGGACGGUGACGAACGCCAUCACGUUUGGCGGCCUGCUGGGGGACGCCACAGACAACAUGCAGGGUGUGUUGGAGAGUUUUCUGGGCACCGCCAUCACCGGUGGGGUCUUCUGUCUGCUGGCUGGCCAGCCUCUCAUCAUCCUCAGCAGCACCGGCCCGGUGCUGGUGUUUGAACGGCUGCUUUUCAACUUCAGCAGAGAUUACCACUUUGACUACCUGGAGUUCCGCUUGUGGAUUGGCUUGUGGUCGGCGUUCUUCUGCCUGGUGCUCGUGGCCACCGACGCCAGCUUUCUGGUCAAGUACUUCACCCGCUUCACCGAGGAGGGCUUCUCCUGUCUCAUCAGCUUCAUCUUUAUCUAUGAUGCCUUCAAGAAGAUGAUUAAGUUGUCCCACCAUUACCCCAUCAACGCCAACUUCCACGAGGAGUUCGUCACGCAGUACGACUGCAUGUGCAUGGCUCCUGCCAUCUUAGAGAAUGAAACGGAGGUCGCCGGUGAUCCUUUAGAGAGUGCUUCAGUCUGGUACUGGAACAACACCGGCCUUCCGUUGAACGCCACGUGGUCGUCCCUCACCAAGACAGAGUGCUUGAAGUACAAAGGAGAGCUGGUGGGGAGGGCCUGCUACUUCGUCCCAGACAUUGCCCUCAUGUCCUUCAUCCUCUUCUUCGGGACCUACGCCUGUUCCAUGUCUCUGAAGAAGUUCAAAACCAGCCCCUUUUUCCCCACCACCGUGAGGAAGCUGAUCAGCGACUUCGCCAUCAUCCUGGCCAUCCUCAUCUUCUGCGGAGUCGACGCUCUCGUCGGGGUUGACACUCCUAAACUCAUCGUGCCAACUGAAUUCAAGCCAACAAGCCCCAAACGAGGCUGGUUUGUGCCCCCGUUUGGAGGGAACCCCUGGUGGGUGUACCUGGCGUCUGCCCUUCCUGCCCUCCUGGUCACCAUCCUGAUCUUCAUGGACCAGCAGAUCACCGCUGUGAUUGUCAACAGGAAGGAGCACAAGCUAAAGAAAGGGGCAGGUUACCAUCUGGACCUGUUCUGGGUGGCCGCCCUGUUGGUGGUUUGCUCCUUCAUGGGCCUGCCGUGGUACGUGGCCGCCACCGUCAUCUCCAUCGCCCACAUCGACAGUCUGAAGAUGGAAACGGAGACGUCGGCCCCGGGGGAGCAGCCCAAGUUCCUGGGUGUGAGAGAGCAGCGGGUCACCGGGGUGAUGGUGUUCAUCCUGACGGGACUGUCAGUCUUCAUGUCUCCCAUUUUGAAGUUCAUCCCCAUGCCCGUGCUGUACGGAGUCUUCCUCUACAUGGGAGUGGCCUCUCUCAACGGCGUGCAGUUCAUGGAUCGCCUCCAGCUGCUUCUGAUGCCCGCCAAGCAUCAGCCGGACCUGAUCUACCUGCGACACGUCCCCCUCAGGAAGGUGCACCUCUUCACCUUCAUCCAGGUGCUGUGCUUGGCCCUGCUGUGGGUCCUCAAGUCCACGGUGGCGGCCAUCGUAUUCCCUGUCAUGAUCCUCGCUCUGGUCGCUGUGAGGAAAGCGAUGGAUUGCAUGUUCUCCCAGCACGACCUCAGCUUCCUGGAUGACGUCAUCCCAGAGAAGGAUAAGAAGAAGAAGGAAGACGAGAAGAAGAAGAAGAAAAAGCGGGGCAGCAUCGACAGUGACGCCGAUGACUCCGACUAUCCGUACAAUGAGAAGGUUCCCAGCAUUAAAAUCCCCAUGGACAUGAUGGAGCAGGAGCCCUUCUUAGGUGAUCAGGCCUCCGACAGAGACAAGUCCACUUCACUCCUUGAGCGACACACGUCAUGCUGAGCACCUCCGCUACUAUCAGGCUAGCUACCUGUCCAGCCCUGAGAUGAGCCCGCUGAAGUCUGUGCCUCAGAUUAGGAUAGACAUGGACCCGGACGAUGACGACACCUUCUACUGGAGGAGCCAAGGAUCUGAGACGUCUCUGUAGAAGACCGAACCACCACCCACCCACCACCCACCACCCCCCACACCGUCUUCAGCGGACUUACUCUUCAGUCUCACACCCUUCAAGUGUCUGGUUAGAAUAAGUGGGGAUUAGUUUUUAAACUAACCGUCUCACGUUAGUUUUUACAGUCUCUGAUCGGCUCCUCUAUGCAACUCGUCCCCGUCAGCUGACCCGACGCAAAUGCUGCAGCGCUCUGACCACGCAUGGAGUGCCCUCCCCGCCCUUUUUAUACACUUCCACGUAUAAAUAUCAUCUGUCUGAUCUUUAUUUUGAUUUUUUAAAUUUUUUUCUUUCUUUUUUUUUAUAUAAACUGAAUUACUCCAAUAACAUUUUCCUGUAGCAGGAAAGUGAUGUUUCAUAGCUCUACCUCUUGUUUUAGGUUCUGUGCUCAUGAUGAACAAACGUUGAUUCUUGACGGGGUUUUGAUCGUCUCUGUGUCUCGUAGACGAAACGAUUCAACAGAUUUGCUGUAUUAUAGUUUGUGAAGGAAAGAAAUAGAAGUUUUAAGUUAAUUAACAGUAAAUUAACAGUGCACCUUUGUGUGCACAUGUGAUAAGUAUUUUUUUUAUCACUUACUGAUGCAGUUUUGAUUGUUUCUGAUUCUUUCUAACUGAAUCUUUCACACUUCCGAUUCAAUUUUUUUUUCUCAUGUGUUUAAUUUAAAUCAUUUUUUUUUUUAUGAUUACGUUGUGUAUAUGUUGGUAACAUUUCCUGUGUUUUCUAAUUUUUCUUUUUUGUGGGUAGAAUACUUCCAGAGUUCACACCAUUAUCCGACUUUCCUCGGCCAAACUUUAACUAACUAGGAAUGCAUAUCAUGUUAAUAGCACAAACUACUUAACCUAAGUGGCUUAAAAGAGAUCAAUUCAGACUGAAAUUGUUACAGUAAUGAUCUGAAAACCGAUUCAAAAGCCAGCGUGAAGUCCACGCCAGCUCUGGCUUCACUUCACAGCAGGUUUACUUCUGCUUUCCUCAGAUCUUGUUGGAAUUAUCUGAGAAAUCAAAUUUUUUGGGGGGUUUUGCAUGAAAGGAUCUGUUUGGCGCUAAUGCAACACUCAGUAUGACAAAGAGAUUUAAUAAUUUUAGUGUAUUUGUUCAACUGUAGCAUUGGUACAGAAUGUACCGAGCCAGUAACACGGUGGCUUUUAUGGGCAACUCAUCCACCAGUUCCAGGGCCGAUUUCAACAUAACCACGGCUGCAGGAUUGACGAUAGCCCCUUGGCUCAAUAAGUUUUAGCUGCAAAACUAACUAGUCAUUUGUUGUCCAAUGGCGUCCAGAAGCAGCUUUUUCUGCGUCUGUUGGUACCGUCCCCUGGACAUCAGAGUCCAGUCCAGAGGAAAGAGACUGCAGCCUGUAAAUCUGAGCCCCCAUCUUUUAAAGAUACAUCAGGAAUUACAGCUUUGAUACGGUAUAAGUGUCACGGUGAACUUAAACACAUCCUUUAAAGUCACCCUAUGUAGGAAUACCACUUUUGACCACAUGGGGGCAUAGGGGUCUGCUGUGUUGACAAAGGAGCUACUGAUGAUGCAAUACUAACGAGUGGGGACGGUCCGGCAGGUCUCGUAAUGCCAGAUUUACAUUUCUGGUGAUAUGCCGCCGUCAUGUUGUCAGGGGUGGUUUUGUUACAUAUGAUGCCUUUAAAAGCACUUCAUAAUUAAAAGAUGUAAAGUUUUACAGUCAAGGAACAAAGCUUAUCAAAUGUGACUAUUUAUGGCCAGUAUUUUGGGAAAAUCCUCAUUUAAAUGCAACUAAUUUUCAUUAAAGGGGACAUAUUAAUGUUACGAAAAAGGUGAUUUCUAGGGGUGACAGAUGCCGGUACCAACUCAGAAUCUGUGACAUAACACUGUCAUUUUGGGCAUCUAAAAUAACAUCUGCAGGGAACUGUGACAUCACAGCCCCAGAUCAAAGCAGAACCGUCCGGCUUCCCGUCUUUAUCUCCACCCAACAAAUAUUUAACACCAGUUACAAGACAGACACGUCCCUCAGAGGAGGGUGUGGAGUCGAUUAGCUGACCCCGCCCCCUAAAAUGGGCUGUUACAAACAGAGCUUUAAGAGAAGCUUGAAAAGUGAGGGCCUGGACUCUAAAUUUGGUGUUUCCGGCGUACGAAAACGCAUCAUGGACGUUUUGUUGAGGCUUCAGAAAGAUGGAUCGGCUAUCUUGAAAAGGUCAUAUGUCCCCUUUAACGUGGUUGCUCUUCGGCUCACGCCGACGUCGAACCCACCGCCUCAGCAGCUGAGAAACAUUUCAACAAGGACUUGAACUUUUGAUUUCAAAUCAGAUUUCUAUGCAGCAACAUCUUGUGAGUGCAGCUCCUGAUCACAGAGACGUGACUGGACGCUGGCGUCUCUGCGGGUCCUUGGAUCCAGCGGAGGAUGUUUUGAUCCGUAGCUGGAAGUCCUCCGUCUUCAUCACAGGCACUGUGGAUGUUGAAAUGUGAUGAAUGAGCCGUUGUCUUCCUCCGUAAACCACACGAGUCCCUCCGGCUCGAACCGCUCGUCUGCUCGAAGAGUUACUCUUCGUUCUUUUCUUUCAGCCCUCUGCAUUGCGAACAAGUGUCACUUAAUGCCCGGAAAAUGUUAUGUUGGGAGUUUUUAGUUCAAAGCGUGCAAGCAUGUCUGACAAAUGAAAAUUUUAAUUUUAGCAAAAGGAAAACUGAUACUUGUUUUUUUUUUUUUUUCUUUUUGAUUAACUUAUGUGACUCUUUAGAGGUGAAAUGGUUUAUUUUAGAAUUUCUAU